GGUGUGCAGUGUGACAGCAGCUUGCCUGAAUUUAUUUCAGUCGCGGACGAGAGAGAGAAAUUAGGAGGAAGGAAUAAGGCGGAUACCGGUUCCCCCUCUCUCUCAUGCAGUUUUGAAGAAGACGCCCCCUCCCUGCACCUGUUCUGCUCCGUCUUGUUGCGUCUCGCAGGAGUUGAGCCUCUUGCCAGUGAGCGGACGCCUCAUUGUUAGACGAACGUUGUUUUCAGCAUGACUUCGGCGUACAACCUGGAUUUCCACCCUUUGACCGAAAGUCGGUUAAUGGCUUCAAGCGACACAAUCAACGGCAACGGAAGCAAGAUGAACGGUUCGCUGGAGCAAUUGGACCAGCCAGACCCAGACUCCAUCAAGAUGUUUGUGGGCCAGAUUCCACGUUCCUGGUCAGAAACAGAACUAAAAGAGCUUUUUGAGCCCUUCGGAGCUGUGCAUCAGAUCAACAUCCUCCGUGAUCGCACGCAGAAUCCCCCUCAGAGCAAAGGAUGCUGUUUUGUAACUUUUUAUACAAGAAAAGCUGCACUGGAGGCCCAGAAUGCACUGCACAACAUAAAGACUUUAAGUGGGAUGCAUCAUCCUAUCCAGAUGAAACCCGCUGACAGUGAGAAAACAAGUGCGGUAGAAGACAGAAAACUCUUCAUCGGAAUGGUUUCAAAGAAAUAUGGCGAGAACGAGAUCCGAAUGAUGUUCUCGUCUUUUGGACAGAUCGAAGAGUGCCGAAUUCUCCGGGGACCAGAUGGUCAGAGCAGAGGCUGUGCGUUUGUCACAUUUGCUACCAGGGCAAUGGCACAGAAUGCAAUCAAAACCAUGCAUCACUCUCAGACUAUGGAGGGCUGUUCCUCACCUUUGGUGGUGAAGUUUGCAGACACACAGAGAGAUAAGGAGCAGCGGCGCCUGCAGCAGCAGCUAGUACAGCAGAUUCAGCAGCUCAACAGCGCCUCCACCUGGGGAAACCUGGGCGGCCUGGGGACCCUCACACCGCAGUACCUGGCAAUGCUCCAGCAGGCCACAUCUACCAGUAACCAAGGCAGUUUCAAUAAUAUUCAGAGGCUAGGAGCAGCAGGUGUGAACCCCCUUCAGCUCCAGAACUUGGCCACAUUAGCUGCUGCUGCGGCUGCAGCUAGUUCUGGCAGCCCCACUUCCACCAGCACCCUGUCUGCAAGCAGUGCAGCCCUGGGAGCCUUGGCCAAUUCAGGUUCAUCAGCGUCUAGUGCGGGUGCUGCCAUGAACACCUUGGCAUCCCUGGGCACCCUCCAGGGUCUCACUGGGACCUCUAUGGGCCUCAACCUCAAUGCUCUCACCAACAGCGUCAGUGGUAUGGGGGGCAUGAAUGGAGGCCUGGGAGCCUCAAUGGCAAACGGGUCAGCAGCCAGCUCCAUGGACGCUCUGACCCAGGCCUACUCAGGGAUGCAGCAGUACACAGCCUCCGCCCUGCCCUCCCUCUACGGCCAAUCUCUCCUGCAGCAGAGCAUGGCAGGCAGCCAGAAGGAAGUAGGGCCAGAAGGAGCCAAUCUGUUUAUCUACCACCUGCCGCAGGAGUUUGGGGACCAGGAUCUUCUGCAGAUGUUUAUGCCUUUUGGAAAUGUGGUCUCUGCCAAAGUCUUCAUUGACAAGCAGACCAAUCUGAGCAAGUGCUUUGGGUUCGUCAGCUAUGACAAUCCUGUGUCCGCACAAGCUGCCAUCCAGGCCAUGAAUGGUUUCCAGAUCGGAAUGAAGAGGCUGAAGGUUCAGCUGAAGCGCUCUAAGAACGACAGCAAACCCUACUGAUCCUAGCCCCGGGGCCUCCCCCCCUCCCCAGCUCUAAUGCUAGCACUGCUAGGAACAAAUCUCCAUGCCUGUUUGCUCAUCAUUAGCCUAGCAUGUCUUCAUGAUGUUGAAAGCCAAGCCAAACUCCUGGCCUCAUCAUCCCACCAUUGUCUGUGAUGUCUCUCUAAGCUCGCCUGACCAAUACCUGGCCAUCCACUGACCCUUGACCUUAGCUCAACCUGAUUUUUCUGCAUGUAUAUUCAUUUUGUUUUGUUUUUCUGUAUAGAAAUGUGACAGGUGGGAGAGAGGUCAAGCAAAUCAAUGUGAAAACUUACCUGCGUUGAAUUCAUUUAAGAGACCUUUUUUUUUUGCGAAUGUUUUAAAAACCUGUGGGAUUUCUUAUUUUUAAUUUAGCUGUUAUGUUUCUUUUUACCUCUCUCAGUAAAGUUCACUUGAAAGUUGAAUACAGGGAUUGGCACACAGCUGUGCUAUUUGGUGCCAUUAGCAAUAUGUUGGCUUCUUAAAAAAAAAAAAAAAAGCUACAGAUCAUUUUCCAACACUUUUGAAAGUCUGACCAGUAAAACCCCUCAGUGCUCUGUAAUGAUCUCUACGUUUUACAGGCAGUGUGAAGAUUUACACCAAGGCUAUUUAAAAAUAUAUUUUCUUUUCAUUUACAAAAUAUCCAGUGUAUUUACCUUCUUUUUUUGAACUAUUGAUGGCACAAUAAAAGGUACAUUUGCUCUGUUUAGAGAAAUGACUACCUACAUGAGUCAACUUUUUUAGAACUGAUUCACAAAUAGACAAUCUGUGGUUUAAAUGCACACUUAGAUUACCUAUAUUUUAUACCAUUGAAGCUAUAGAAGUUUAACUAACAGAACCCAGGCAAAACUUUGGGUUUUUUGUAGAUUAUGUUGUAAUGUCAUCUGUGUCGGGUGGGUCUUCAGUGUAUUACAUUUUUAAAGAGGACUAAAAAUCAGUUUGAUCAGCGUGACCGUUUCAAGAUCAUUUCUAGUAAAUUAAAAACACUUUAAGUCAAAAAAAAUCCUCUACAUUAAUUGUGAUUUCAACUUCUGGGAAAAAAGUACUUUUUUUUUUUUUUUAAUGGUCACAGUAUGUCGACUUAAUUUUUCUUUUCUUUGUUUCUGCGUUAAAGAAAAAUUUAGUGUUCAACUUCCACGGUACGUCUUGUUGACUUUCUGUGAAUUUCUCAUUAAUAAUUUAAUUAAUGGAUGUUUCACUUUGGUUGAGUUUGGAUGCCUCAUGUUGAAAGAUGAUGAUUUACAAUGUCUGUUAAUCAUACAGAUGCCAGACAAUGUCUUUUUGUUUUAAUUUGUUGUUAAAGUGCCCAUGUGUCAAACUCAGUGUUUUUGAAUUCACAAAUUUUUUCCUGUUAAUAUUACCUAGUUUUCUUUACACACGCACGCACACAUGCACACACCGUGACACACAACACACUUUUCUGUGGUUGCAAAUGUGGGAGCCCCUGAAGAAGAGAUCACUUUGACACAACACACAACCUGUGGGUCUCUGCACAUUUUAUAGACACACACUUGCUUUUUUAUUUUAUUUUUUGAUUGUUCUUUUAAGUGACUUCCAGUAUCAUGAUUCAGCCGUACACAGCGCAUUAAUACAACGAAACCCACCACAAAUAGUGUUGGUUUACAAAUACAUUCCAUUUUUUUUCAGCACGAAGUUUACACUUUUUUUUUACCGGGCUCGUAUUUUGUCUGUUGUACUACAAGUUGUUGAGACAACCCUGGUAAAAUAACAAACCACUUCACCCCCAAAGAAGGGUUCCCUAAAACUGCGUACCUGAUGGCGCUAGAGAGUUGUCAACUCAGGGGCUUUUUUUGUGUGUGAAACUGGACACUCACACAGGAUUAACGACACAAAAUGCACAAUUAUCACCAUUUGACCUUUUUAAGUUUGGAUUUUUAUUUUUACUUAUUUUCUCAAAAUGCAUAAAUAAUCCAAAAAAUAUAUAUAAAGAGGUACCAAAUUUGAAACAGUGCUCGAGGAAAGUGUUGUAGUUUUGUAAGGAAAAGCACAAUUGUGGGAGCUAAUCACUUUUGCAGAAUGUUGUGUGUGUGAUUAUAAUCCGCAAAUUUUCAAGGUACCACUGAUUUCACUUUUUAAUAUGGGCAUGUGCUUUUUACAGUGUGUUUUUUCUAUCCAAAUGCAAUACAAUAUUCAAAGUGCCAUAUAUACGUCUAGAAACUGCCUACACAUCCUUAUCAGGCCUUGGUUUAGAGAUUGCUGCAGUUUGCCUUUUUUGUCUAUUUAUGCCAGUGUCAUGAAAGCUCUUGUCACCUGCUCAUGUCCCCCCCUUCUCCUCCCUCCACUCUGUGUGUUGAGUUAUUGGUAAAUGUGUAUUGUGAUGUACUCAAUUUGAACAGUUGGUUAAAAAAACUUGUAGAUAAACAAUAAACUUCCCUAUACAUUUGAAGGUUAAACCUCUUUCUUAGUGUGUACUGUAACACUUUGCGAUACAAGCGAUUGGUUAUGGGAAUUUUUCAAUAAAAAAAAAAAAAGUGAAAACUCAAGUUUCAAAAAACAACAACUUGGGUGUCAUGUUGAGAAGAUCUUUAAAUUGUGUGUCAAACACUGAAAUGAUUGCAGAUCUGUGGUUGGUAUGCAGUGUAUGGUGAAGUGUUACUGUGAAUGAUUUAAAAAAAGAAAAAAAUAAGAAAAAAAAGCACAAUGUACAGUCCACAGCAGUCCUAACAGGAACUUGACUCACUUCAGGGGCUUCCAUCACAAAUCCCGUUCAAGCUCUAACAAUCACUUUCUUUGUUCUGUUGUUUUCAUAUUCUGAAGUGCUAUUUUUUGACAAGUGUGGUAGCUUUGCAUCUCUCUAGAUAUUGUCUUGAUCCAAAAGAAAAGAGGAGAAAAAAAAACUUUUCCUGUGUUAUUUUCUUGUCUGAUAAUCGGUAGGACUUUGUUCACGUUCCACCAAUAAUUUACUAGAUGUUUUGUCUUGAUGAAAGCCAAAGUGGGUGCAUCUUGAUGUGAUCUGUAUUAUACAUACAGUAGUUUUUCUUUCUGUUCAGUCAAUAUCAAUUUUUUUGAAACUGGGUGGGAUUUGAAAAAGAAAAAAAAAAGACACACAGGCUUUCCAAUUUCUACAACUGGUUGUUCAUAUGUAUUUUGUACCAGUGAAGCUUUUUAUAUUGGAAAUUAAAGAAAAAAAAUCUAUAUUGGAAAAAAAAAAUUGUCUGGCCUCUCAAUGUGGCCUCGCCUUGACCAGGUCUUGAGUUUGGCCUCUUGGUGGUGUCAAGCAAUUUUUUUUUGUUUUUUUUUUGUCUCUAAAAGAUGCCUGAUUUUGAUUUUACUUGGAUCUCUACGUGUUCCUCACUUCGUUAAUCCGUUUCAGUUUCGGGGGGGUUGGGAUCCUCUAAAUCGUGGUAAGUUUCAUGUUAGUAUUUGUGCUGUCCACAUAGUUUAAUGGUCAUCAGGAUUUCGACAACUUGUGUGGAUAAUUGUCUUAGUUGAAGAGUUAACUAUCUGUUUAGUUUGAGCCUUGCUUUUUACCUGUGUAGAGUUUUCUGUUUUUUCCCAUAGCGGAGUGUGUAGCCGAAAGACUCUGUGUUCUUUUUUGGUCAAUGUUUGUUCAUGUGUGGUGUGUUUCUUUGCCUCUGUCUCCAAAUUAAACCAUUUCCCCUAA